UUACUCUCGUGAAUUCCCUCUUGUUGUUAUUACAUUUCACUAAUAGUUAUUCUUAUUGUUCAGCCGUUUCACUGUUUCAACGAGAGGAUUCAGGUUUCCUGGUCGCUGUAUCUUUAUGACCAAAAUGGUGAAUGAUAUACGGCCUUAUCAUCACUUCUGGACUAAUCGACAAGCCGAGAUAACUCUGAUAAACUUCUCCUAUGUUCAUACAGCUCUUAGAGAUACUGAAGACAUUUUAUAACCGUUUUUACAGUAAGUUGGAUACAAAGGUGUACUUUGAAAAGGGAAAAGCAUUCGAUCAAAGGCAACCCGUGUGUUUGGUAUCUGUGGUCCGCGGGGUCAUCACGUGACCUUGAGCUAUUUACCAACUCUUUCAAUCCACAUGUUGGUCUGAAGUGCGCAUUUUUUAAAAAGUUGAAGGAAAACAGAUCAGUAGGUUCCUGCCGUCUCUCCGAUUCUCACAUAUUCCCUUUAACACAGGCUUAACUUUUACUGGUUCAGAGAUAGAGGCUGAGCGUCCACACAACCGAUGAGACUCUUUAAAGCCCUUUUAUGGGUUCCACAUUUGCUCUCAGAGCAGGUACGAUGUGUCGAGGAACUCUCAAAUCAAUAACUGAUGAAGAUGAGCUGAUACACAGCUGGACUUACGACCCUGACGUCACAUUUUAAUACUUUGGUAAUGUGUUUGUCAGCAACUUAAGGGAGGUCACAAAAAGCACCGUGAUUGUCAGUUUAAACAUUAACCCGCAGGAUCAGAGUCAAGUUGCCGGUCGGUUGGCUGCAGAGGGCUUGAAGUCGGACUUCUCUCUGUCCCCCGCUGCACUCCUGGAACACCUACGCGCCAGCAUGAGCAACUUCGGGCAGAUCCUGAAGGAGAUUGGAGAGUUCGGUUUGUUUCAGAAGCGCUUAGUGGCGGUGCUGGGCAUCCCCAGCCUGUUCACAGCCUUCGAUGUGAUCGGCCAGGUGUUCACGGGACUGAGCUUCCCACAUCACUGUAACACCGACUGGAUCCUGAAGCUCGGGCCCAACCUGACGGACGAGUGCCGGAAGAAUCUCACCCUCCCCGUGAACGAGGCCAGCAUGUAUGAAAGCUGUGCGAUGUUCACGCCUGUGGAUUUGGACCUGGAGACAAUUAAAGCGUACGGGAUUAACACUACAACUGGAUGUAUAAAUGGAUCCGAUUUUUUGGUCCCCAAAGGGGCCUCCAGCAUCGUGACAGAGUUCAACCUGGUGUGUGACAGAAGCAGUUUGGUCGCUGCGUCACAGUCCAUCUACAUGGCCGGCCUUCUGAUCGGGGCGCUGGUUUUGGGGCAGAUGGCUGACAGGUUCGGUCGCCGCUUUGUGGUCCUGCUUUCACUCCUCCUCUUACUGGUGUUUGGUGUCAGUGCCGGUUUCUCACCCAACAUCUAUGUUUAUAUUGCUUUCAAAUUUCUAGGUGGCUUCUCCAUUUCAGGCAUUCUUGUUAAUGCAUUCGUCAUAGGUGGAGAGUGGAGUGCUUCCUCCAAGUUUGCCUUGUGCACCAUCAUCUGCCACUCUACUUUCCCUCUCGGGCUCAUGCUGUUGUCUGGCGUCGCCUAUCUGAUCCCAAACUGGAGGAUCCUGCAGCUGGUGCUCUUCAGCCCUCUCGUCGUUGUCCUGGGAAUUUUUUACUGGAUUCUUCCAGAGUCGGCUCGCUGGCUCAUCACCCAGGGCAGGAAGGAGGAAGCCGUGAAGGAGGUCCGGCGCGCUGCUAAGGUGAACGGACGGAAGGUCCCGGAAGAUCUGCUGGACCGGCUGGACAAUGAAGGUCCAUCCAAAAGAGGAAGCAUGUUGGACAUCUUCAGAAUAUCAUAUCUGAGAAAACGUGCGCUCAUAAUGAGCUACGUGUGGUUUGGAACAAGCCUGGUGUACUAUGGACUGAGUCUGAACGUGGGAAGCUUUGGUCUGGAUAUCUACCUGACGCAGUUCGUCUUUGGCUUAGCAGAAUUACCCGCCCGCCUGGGCAGCUUGCCCCUCAUCCAGCACUUCGGGAGGAAGAAGUGUCUAUCCUGUGUCCUGUGUUUCGGAGGGGCAGCUUGUCUCGUGAUACUUGUUAUUCCGGAGGACCUUCCCGUGAUGGUCACCAUCAUCGCUGUACUUGGAAAGUUUGCAGCCACAGCCAGUUUCUCCAUAGUCUAUGUCUACACUGCAGAACUGUACCCCACCACCCUGAGGCAGAACGGCGUUGGUCUGAACUCCACGUGUGCUCGCGUGGCGGGAAUCCUCGCUCCGCUGAUCAGGCUGCUGGACGUCUACCACUUCACCAUCCCCAUGCUGAUAUACGGCAUCGUCCCCGUUGCUGCCGGAGGUUUCUGUUUACUGCUGCCUGAAACGCUCAACGUUGAACUGCAGGACCACGCUGAGAUACGAAAACCUGAGAAUGGGCUACAGAUGCAACCCUUCAAUAAAGAGGAAGAAUCCGGAAAGAGCACAAAAAUGUGAUCAAUACGGAUGUGUUUUCUUUUUUUUUGUAUCAGAAAUAAAUUGCUUGCUCCCAACAACAAUAAGGUUUUAUCAGAAUGCUGUCACCUAAACACAAAGCAAUUGAACCAUGUUCACCUUUUUGUACAUGAUUUUAUUUUUUAUUGUUACAAUCCGUUAACAAAUGUUUUACUACUGAAAAAGUUAUGGACUGUUUGAUAUCUGGGAUUUGUAUUUAUAUAUUAAAUAAUGCAUGUGUAUUUGCCAAUACAUGUAUUUGUUUGGAUUCUCUGUCCUGCAUUGUAUUGAUGAGCACUGAACAGUACGUGUGUUUUAACACUGUCAGGGCCUAUUUCGAUCGCAGUGAGACUCUAGAGAAGAACUGUCAAUCAAUUUCAUCAUCAUUUGUUGUGAGAGUUGGUUAAUAGGACUUACAGCUCCAAAUUAGGGAUAAUGUUGCUCCCACACUGCUGGCUUGGAAACAGCCAACAGCAACAUUAUCUUUGUGUAUGUUCCAGAGUUCAAGCGGGAGAAAAUGUAUUAACGGUGUCUUGAUUAAUGUGUUUGAAAAUGUAAAAGAUGAUGCUGAUUGUUUUUACUGCUAACUUAUUCUUUUCGAUUACCAAUGUUAACCAAUGUCAUCGCACAAUGUUCUUUUAGGUGCUAAGUGCGAGCUAAUUUAGUUUUACCCAAGAUAAAUGUCUCGUGCUGUAAAAUAUAUAAAUAUUCAAACAGCAGGAUUUUACUCCACACCGAUUAA